UCCUGAUUCUCAGCCUUCGAUAUUACGCGUUGAUCGCAAGGCUUCAUUUCUCCCUUUGGCUCUGUCUCUCUCUCUCUCGCGUUUUCUCUCACUAGAUCCCUCUUUCAUAAGCUUCUCUCAGGGAUCAUCAGGAAGAAGGAGAAAUGGGGCUGACAUUCACCAAGCUCUUCAGCAGGCUUUUUGCCAAGAAGGAGAUGCGUAUUCUGAUGGUUGGUCUUGAUGCAGCUGGUAAGACAACCAUAUUGUACAAGCUCAAGCUGGGAGAGAUUGUGACUACCAUCCCUACCAUUGGUUUCAAUGUGGAGACUGUUGAAUACAAGAACAUCAGCUUCACAGUUUGGGAUGUUGGAGGCCAGGACAAGAUCCGUCCAUUGUGGAGGCACUAUUUCCAGAACACACAAGGUCUCAUCUUUGUUGUUGAUAGCAAUGAUAGAGAUCGUAUUGUGGAGGCAAGAGAUGAAUUGCACAGGAUGUUGAAUGAAGAUGAGCUCCGUGAUGCUGUGCUGCUUGUAUUUGCUAACAAACAAGAUCUUCCAAAUGCAAUGAAUGCUGCUGAGAUCACUGAUAAGCUUGGUCUCCACUCUCUCAGGCAGCGCCACUGGUACAUCCAGAGCACCUGUGCAACCUCUGGAGAAGGUCUUUAUGAAGGGCUUGAUUGGCUUUCCAACAACAUUGCCAACAAGGCCUAGACAGGUAAAGAAUUCUCUCGUGGGUUGAUCCUGGAUGCAGGCGGGUUUUUAUCUAGUUUCUUUCCCCAAGUCGGUGUGGUUAUGAACAUCCUUUUAAAGGCACUUAUAAUCUUUGUAGGACUUUGAAAUGGCUUUUUGUAGUACAAAGAGUUGGAUAUAUGUAAUUUCAUGUCUAGAUUUGAGUACAAUGUUUUGAAUUUGUAAACGAUGAUUAAUUUGUUGCGUCUGUUAAUGGUUUAGCACUUUGAUCUUGCUGUUUUC